AUGGCUAAGAACGCGGCGUUUGCUCGUUUGUACAAGGAGCUCGGGGGCGAAGGCGGGGAUAAGAAGUUGUACCGGUUGGCCAAGGAUGCAGAGGCGAAGCCUCUAGCCCUUCAGUCGGUUCCGGUCGUUAGUGAAUUUCCCAAUGUGUUCCCUAAUGAGCUUCCAGCUGCUCCAUUAAUGGAGUUGACUUAUAAGGCAGUGAAAUUCUGGUGGACCGAUGUUUGUAAGAAGAGCUUCCAAGAGUUAAAGGGCUGGUUAACCUCGACAUCAGUUUUAACCCUUCCUGGAGGACUUGUGGGUUACGUUAUAUAUUGUGAUGCCUCUAGAGUGGGAUUGGGCAAUGUUUUAAUGCAACACGAGAAAGUCAUUGUGUAUGCUUCGAGGAAACUAAGGAAACACGAGCAGAAUUACCCCACUCAAGACUUGAAGCUAGCAGUUGUUGUAUUUGCUUUGAAAAUAUCGCUUUACUAUUUGAAUGGAGUUCAUGCCGAUAUAUUCACCGACCAUAAGAGCUUACAACACAUAUUCAAGCAAAAAGAAUUGAAUUUAAGGCAAUGGAGAUGGCUCGAACUACUAAAGGACUACGAUGUGGAUAUCUUAUAUCAUUGCGGUAAGGCAAACGUUGUGGCUGAUAAAUUAAAUUGGAAAUCGAUGGUUAGUAUACGGCAUGUGAAAAAGCAUAAGCUGGAGAUGAUUAAAUACUUGCACUGGUUGGCUAGUUUAAGUGUGCUAUUGCUCGACACCGGUAACGGAGGAGUCGUAGUUCGAAACACUGUUGAGUCCUUAUUAGUAACCGAAUUAAAGGAACGACAAUUCGAAGAUCAAACUUUGGUGAAAAUAAGAGAAAGUAUUCCUUCUCAAAAGAAGCAAGUGUUCAGGUUAUCCGAGGAUGGAGUCCUCAGAUAUAAGGGCCAAUUGUGUGUACCCGAUGUCGGGGAACUCCAAGAGCAUAUCAUGGCAGAGAUUCAUCGGUCCCUAUAUUCUGUUCAUUCGGGGGUUAACCAAGAUGUAUCACAAUCUUUGGCAACUAUACUGGUGGUACGACAUGAAGAGGGAUAUUGCUAA